ACCCAUACCAAGCCCUUUGGGUCUGGUAUGGGUUUUGAGGGGAACCCCCACACCAAAAUUAAAAAAAAAAUGGCAGUGGGUACCCCCAAAAUCCAUACCAGACCCUUAUCCGCGCAUGCAGCCCAGCAGGUCAGGAAAGGAGGAGGGACAAGCGAGCGCUCCCUUCCUGAACCAUACCAGGCCACAUGCCCUCAACAUGGGGGGUGCUUUUGGGCAGAGGGCCCCCCCCCAAAGCACCUUGUCCCCAUGUUGAUGGGAACAAGGGCCUCUUCCCCACAACCCUUGUCGGUGGUUGUGGGGGUCUGUGGAGGGCUUAUUGGAAUCUGGAAGCCCCCUUUA